CUAGUUUUUGGAUUCGGUGGAACGGAGAAUCUUACGUAUUCUUGUCGUUUCAUUGACUUUUUCAAAUACAUUCAGACAAAAUGUGAAUUGGGGCAGUCGAAGAGAAUCUUCGAUUAAAAGAAACCCGGACCCAAAGGAGAAUCGCUGAAUUGAUGCUACUGUAAUAAGAGGAGGAAUUAAGAGAAAAACGAUGGAGAUUCUGGGAGUGAAAUUCGCUCCGCUAAGAGUACCAUUAAAUCGAAGAUUGGAAACGCUCUCAGCCGCGCUUUGGAUCCUAAUUUUCCUAUCUGGAUAUUUCGCGGGAUAUAUUCUCACCGCCUAUUUUCUUUUCUUCACCCAAACCAUGCGCUACUUCAUAUUGCUUUACUUCAUCUGGAUGUAUUACGAUUGGAACAAGUUCGAUAUAGGCAAAAUACGGCGAAAAUUCCUGCAAUGGAUUAGAAGCUGCGCGUGGAACCGAUACUUCUGUAACUACUUUCCUAUAAAAUUAGUGAAAACCACUGAUUUGGAUUCGAACAAAUUGUAUUUAUUCUGUAGUUUCCCGCAUGGGAUCCUAUCGACAGGUGUUUAUGGUGCAUUCGGAACAGAUAUCGUCGGCUGUAGAGAACUUUUCCCGGGUCUCGAAUUUAGGGUCGUCGUACUUGAUCAACUUUUUAAAUCGCCGCUUUUCCGCGAGUAUUUGCACAUCAACAGCGCCCUUGCUAGCAGUGCAGAGUGUAUAAAACAACAACUAUCGACGAGACCUUCGCCACCGUACACGGGAAAGGCGACAGUUCUGAUCCCCGGCGGAGCGGCAGAAGCAUUCGAAUGUAAGCCGCCCGGCGGAGCGGCAGAAGCAUUCGAAGAAGCAUUCGAAUGUAAGCCGGGCACUUACCGCAUCCUGAUAAAAAGGAGGAAAGGCUUCGUAAAGCUCGCGCUGCAAAAUGGAAAUCCUCUGGUUCCCGUUUAUUCAUUCGGGGAAACGGACAUUUACGAUCAAGUGAUCUGGUCAGAUGGCUCAUACAUGAAGAGACUGCAGGAGUACAUUCGUAAGAAAAUCGGUAUAGCGCCGAUUCUACUGGUUGGUCGAGGAUUCUUCCAGUACACUUUCGGUCUUAUCCCUCGACGGAAGCCAAUUACUGUCGUUGUCGGCAGUCCGAUGGAGUUACCAAAGAUAGAAGAACCAACGAGAGAACAAGUCGAGGAAUAUCACGAGAAAUUCGUCAAGCACCUGGUGAACUUUUUCGAGAACGAGAAACACAAGUACAUCGAAAACGCGGAUUCGGUGCAUCUUGAGUUCGUAUAGUCAUAUCGCGAAAUAAUCAUCAUUUACAACGGACCCGCGCAGUGAAGGACCAAGAAAUUGCUCAAUUAUAAACGUACAACGUGUAUUUAUGUAUUAAAUAAGUUUUAAGAUGUGAAAUAGUUGAGCAGAAAAUGGACAAUUGUUAGGCGAUGUAGUCAAUUCGAUAAUUACGUGUCUUAAGAACUCUACAUAGAAAAGAACCAAUAGAAUUAUGGUAUUAUGAAUAAGGACCGAAGAGCUAUACAGUAUGUCCAGUUUAAAUGUACGCACGUUACCAUACCUUCAGUUGUUAGAAAUACGAAUAAUCUUUUGUAUGAAGGUUUUAUUGUCGAAGAAAACUGUCCAAAUUU